AUGAAGCCAAGCAAUUGUAUAUCAAAAGAUCCAGGUUAUAGAGAACAGGCUUUCUUAAGGCUUGUGGUGGUUUUAUUCAUUGCUGGUGCUGCUGUUGCUUCUCGUCUGUUUGCUGUCAUUCGCCAUGAGUCUAUCAUUCAUGAGUUUGAUCCUUGGUUUAACUACCGUGCAACUAAGAUAUUAACCGAACAAGGUUUUUAUGCUUUUUGGAAUUGGUUCGAUCACACAGCAUGGUACCCACUUGGUCGUGUGGUGGGUGGUACCAUCUAUCCGGGUCUGAUGGUCACUAGUGGUUUAAUCUGGAAUGCUUUCCGACUUUUCAAUAUCCCUGUUGACAUUCGUAAUGUUUGUGUACUCCUCGCUCCUGGAUUUUCAGGUUUGACUGCCUAUGCUGCCUACCUCUUCGCAAGAGAACUGGGCCAAAAAACUACCUCCAAAGGCGAGGGUACAGGUUUAUGGGCAGCACUCUUUAUUGGAAUUGCACCUGGUUAUAUCUCUCGAUCGGUUGCUGGUUCAUACGAUAACGAAGCGAUUGCCAUCUUCAUCUUGAUGUUUACCUUUUAUUUAUGGAUCAAAGCUCUUAAGCAAGGAUCAGCUCUUUACGGUUCGAUGACAGCUUUGUUUUACUUUUACAUGGUGGCUGCAUGGGGUGGUUACGCCUUUAUUACCAACAUGCUCCCACUUCAUGCUUUAGUCUUGGUCCUCAUGGGUAGAUUCACCAAUAAGCUUUACAUUGCGUAUUCUAGCUUUUAUGCCAUCGGGACCCUGGCCAGUAUGCAGGUGCCGUUUGUUGGAUUUCAACCUAUUCGUACAUCAGAACACAUGGCUGCACUCGGUGUCUUUGGUCUUUUACAACUCGUGGCCUUUGUACAAUUAAUCAGAACUCAUGUCUCAAGUAAACAAUUCCAACUUUUGCUUCAAAUCGGGUUGGGGACGAUUGGAGUCUUAGGAGUAGCGGUCAUUGUCAUCUUAACCAAGCAAGGUUGGAUCGCACCUUGGACCGGUCGAUUCUACUCUCUCUUCGAUACUGGUUACGCCAAGAUUCAUAUCCCGAUCAUCGCCUCUGUAUCAGAACAUCAACCGACAGCCUGGACGAGCUUUUUCUUUGAUUUACAAAUGCUUAUUUACCUCUUUCCAGCUGGUGUAUACUUAUGCUUCAGAGAGCUACGUGAUGAGCAUGUUUUUGUGAUCAUUUAUUCAGUUCUAGCUAGUUAUUUUGCUGGUGUCAUGGUUCGAUUGAUGUUAACUCUCACCCCGGUUGUCUGUAUCAGUGCUGCUAUGAUUGUUUCAUCAGUCUUUGACCUUUAUCUCGAUCCUGCUCAACCUGAAAGUGUCGAAUUUGGUGCUGCAUCCUAUACGACUUCGAUGGAUACACUUUCAAGUACCGGAUCUGAACAAGAAGAAAAAAGCACACGUAGCUUCUCAAUCGAUUUCAUCAGUCUCAUCAGUCACUUCAACUGCAUCCACUCGGACCCAAAAAUCGACUCGAUCAGCUAUUUGAUCUUUGUACUGCAUUGUACUUGGGUCACUUCUACUGCUUACUCAUCACCUUCAGUCGUCUUAGCCUCAAGAAAUCGUGAUGGAAGUACGAACAUCAUUGAUGAUUUCAGAGAAGCCUAUUAUUGGUUAAGGAUGAAUACCGAAAAGGAAGCUAAAGUGAUGAGUUGGUGGGAUUAUGGAUACCAAAUCGCUGGUAUGGCUGAUCGUACUACAUUAGUUGAUAACAAUACCUGGAAUAAUACUCAUAUUGCAACCGUCGGUAAAGCGAUGUCCUCAAGAGAAGAAGUUUCAUAUCCGAUCUUGAGAAAACAUGACGUAGAUUACGUCUUGGUCAUCUUUGGGGGUCUUUUAGGAUUCUCAGGAGAUGAUAUCAACAAGUUCUUAUGGAUGGUAAGAAUUGCAGAAGGAGUUUGGCCAGACGAAGUCAAAGAAGGGAACUUUUUCUCUCAAAGAGGUGAAUAUAAAGUAGAUGAUGAAGCUUCACCUACGAUGAGAGAAAGUUUGAUGUACAAGAUGAGUUAUUAUCGAUUCCAUGAAUUAUUUGGAGGUCAAAGAGCACAAGAUAGAGUAAGAGGACAAACUUUACCCGAAGCAGGACCGACAUUGGAUACAUUAGAAGAAGCCUUUACAUCUGAGAAUUGGAUUGUAAGGAUUUACAAAGUUAAAGAUGAAGAUCUUUUGAAUCGAAAUCAUAAAGAUGCUAAUGCGUUUACGUCCGGAAAACGAAAGAAAGCUGGAACUAGUAGAAAAAGAAAGAAUAGACGUAAAGCUGCUGCAUAAGGAUUUAUUAAAAAAAAGGUCUUGAGAUAUUGAUCUAUAAGGGAGUUGAUUCUUAGUUUUGUUGUCUCUCUCCUUGUUUGGUUUAUCUCAUUCUUUCUCUCUCCGUAUUCUCUAUACUGGAGCUUGGAGUCUUUUGUGUCUGCGUGUCUCUGAAGUUUUUUUUUGCAAGAAAAGGCAAGUUGAAUGUGUAUAUAUACAUAUAAAAAAGACACUCUUUUACUUUGG